AUGCCAGAAAAUAAAGAUGACGCAAAUGGUACAAUUUCUUUAUCAACAUCGUCUAGUGAAUACCUGAAAAUAGCAGCGCUAAUUCAGAGACCACUUGCCACAGAAGGCUUAAAGAUUGUUAGGAUCAGGCGAAUUCAAAAUCCUCAGCUGUGGCGGAAUUUCCAGUGCACGAAAAAAUCACUGAAGGCUGAUUCCAGAGUAUCCUCAUUGGAAGAUCUCCAAGUAUUCAAGAGCAUUCGAAGUUCACUUAGGGGUAGUAUAUGUUCUGCCAACUUUGAUUGGAAAGAUCAUGAGGCUACUACCAACAUGAAAUAUGGUCAAGGAAUUCAUUUCUACACAGAUCCAUCUGUGGCAUGUAAGAACAUUGAGGGCUAUAGGGCUACCUUUCAGUAUCUGUUUGUCGUGCGUGUCUUGGUGACCUCCAAAACGAAGGGUCCCAUACUGCAACCUUUGUUAAAAGGGUAUGAUACCGUCGUAGACAACACAUCCAAGCCUACAGUUAUCGUUAAAUGUGACAAGAAUCAUUACUAUCCUGAAUAUCUAAUCACAAUGCAUUCUGUAAUUUAGAAGUGUCUAUUACAACAGACUGCAAAAGAUGAAGUGAAGUAAAAUCUCCACCAUUUCAUGUAUUAUGUCCUUCUGGCAAUGUUUUCACUGUUCAUUUUUAAAAUAUUGUAAAUUCUAAAGUCUUGUGUUGUAAUAUCCUGGAUAUUAACUUUGUGGAGAGGCUAGUGUUGAUUGUGUCAUGCCUACAGAUGAACUUACUGUUGAUAGAUUCGCAUGUGGUUUUUUAAGUGUGGUUUACCUUAAAAAGUGUAAAUUAUAUAGGCUAUUUCUUAUCCAUUUAUCUACGUGGAUAGCUUACUGUGAGUGAUGGUACCGCGUAUUCCGACCUUCGUAGAAAAAAAAUGUUAAUUACCAUUUAUUAUAGUCUGUAUUUAUAUUUUAGUUUAAAAUAUGUUGUGCUUGUUUGUUUGUUUCUGGGCAAAUAAGGGGUUGAAAGAAUUUAGGUAUGUGGGAAUUUGGAGCGAGUACAGUUAAUUAACAGACCGAUGUCAAUCUCGCUAACUGUAUAGCUGUCCUGAUGCUGCUGAUACGAAAUUGUGAUUGUGACUUCUGAUACUUUUUAUGAUACUUUAUUUAGAGAGCACAGCAUGAUUUAAAUUUGCAGUUGGACUUUCUAG